AUGCCUUCUGGCCUGCAGAGCGACGGGCAGUGGCUCUGCAAGCCCUGCGACCGUAUCUUCGCUAGCUGCGAGGCCCUCCUUGACCACAAGCAACAGAUGCGUCAGGCUGGCCGGCCCAAGCACAUUCACUGCAAGCACUGCGGCCAGGACUUCAAGACGGAGGGGGCCGAGAUCUUUCACAUCCAAGCUUUUCAUCCCCAGGAGCAGAACCUCACAUGUGUUGCCUGCGGCCAGGGCCCCUUUGUGCGGGUCGGCGGGCUCAUAGCCCAUAUCGAGCAAGGCCAGUGCGUCGGCCUUGACGCGUCCGUCAUCGACGAACGUCGCGAGAAGAAGACGGAGUUUUCGCGCAAGCUUGAGGUUCUCACCGGGGAGCCCAUCAAGAACAGCUUUGCCAAGUACAUUUACCCUUUGCCAGUGCGCGGCGCGAUCCACGUCGACUCGUCUGUGCGCAGGACCUCGUUGCCUUCCGAGGCCUCUCGUUCCGUACAUGGUGUCCUUGAACCACGCAGCGUCAACGUGCCUACGAAGAUCCCGGGCAGCGAAGGUGUCACCGACUGGUUCAUCAGCCUGGAUUCGGCAAACCGAGCACGCAACGGUGGCGUGAAGCCCGCGCCAGGCGGUGGCGCUGUUGACCCGGUGGUCGAGACGGAGAAUACGCUGUGUUCAGGGAGCGACUUUGCCCCAGUUUCCAUCAAAGAAGAACCGAUUGAAUGGCACUUUCGGAGUGCUCCAUCUCCUGUCGCCAACACAGAUGUGGAGAAAAACAAAGCCACGGAAAGUGUCGCCGACUGGAGGGGCAUCAAGAAUGAGCUGCCCCCGAGCUGCCCGGCCUGGCAGCGUCCCUCUGUGGAAAAGACUGGCCAAGCCCAAGAAGGCUCUAUGCUUGGCCUACAAAUCUUUGACUCGGUGGAUCAGGACCACCCUGACUAUCCAUCUUUUAACUCGGCGAGAUAUCAUUGUCCCUAUGCCGAGAGGUUCAUUUGUCCGAAGCUGCCUUGCGGCAAGGCUUUCAAAACGGCUGGUGGUCUCAUCAGCCACCUCCGGUCGACAGCCCACGGAAACAGGACAUAUCAAUGUCCCUAUUGCCUCAGGAAAUUCAAGUCUCUGGCGGCCAUCGUCUCUCAUGCCGAACAGAGCAACGUUCACUGCCGAAUUCGCGAGUCGGACAACUACGAUGCCUUUAUCCAUCAGCUCACUGCCGGAAUCGUCGACGUUGACAUGAAACGCCAUGACGAUGGCACGAUCAAGUACGAGACUAGGGACGACUGGUAA